AUGCUUGAUAUUUACCGGGAGGGCUCGCUCCCGAGACUUUCGCCGCCGCCGCGCAAGGGCCACGUGACCAGGGAGAGCUGGCGGGCAGACCUCGAGGUGGCCCUCGCCUCUCGGCCAGGGCUCUUCGAUGCCUUCAUCUGGCUGGAUGCGCACUGGGACGAGCUCGCGACUCCCUUGGGCGACCUGCCGCGUUCUUUAGGGCGCGCUGCACCACCCUCUGCCCGAGGGUCUCGCGGAGCCACCCAAGACAUCCUGCCGAUUGCGGUCGAGGCCGUCCGGGAGCUCUCUGCCGAGAAGGUCUUGGGCCAUGGGUUCGAGGAGGCAUCCCUGGGGCGAUGGGGCGGCGGCCUCCGCCAGUGGGUCUGCUGUAUUUUGUCCGCCCUCAACUUCCAUUAUCUCGGAGCGGGCGCUGAGCCACCUCGGAAGGGCCCGGCACUGAGGCUGUCGCAGCCUCAACUCAGGCUGGUCCGGCAUGUUGCGAUGGCUGUCGUCGCAUUCGUGUCCAGCCAGCCCGACGCCGCUGGGCAGGCACCGUCGCUGAAGGUCCUCAGGAAGAAGCUCACGACGCUUCCAGUGGACUACGGGGCCUCGGGCCUGGUUGUCAAGAUGGAGGCGCUCACGCCAAGGAGGGUCGUCCCAGCAUGGCCGGCAGUGGGGUCCGCGGCAAUCCAGUCCGUUACCAAGUUCCUCGAGGGCGAGGUGCUUGAGAAGGUCGUGGAUCCCAGCUCGAACCUCCUGGACCGGGCCUUUUGGCCCGCGGCAGCUAGGAAGAGUUACGUCCGUGCUUCUCAGGGGGCCUGGGCUGACUUGGUGGCCGCGGCAUUCCAAAGGGGCAUGAUGAAACCAGUGAGGGAGGAGGAUGUGUUCCGCGGCGUCGACGGCCAGCCUGUGUACAACGGGGCCAGCGGCGUCGAGAAGAUCAAGUACAAGGACGGAGUGCGACAGGAACUCCCCCGCUUUAUCAGCAUCUUUUGCCCCAUCAACGACUACCUGACCCGCAUCACGGGGGACGACGACAAGUUGCCGCACGUCGGGCAGGUCACCCUCCUUCAUUUGGAGGAGGGAGAAGAGGUUCUCAUCGACUCCGAGGACUUCGAGAGCUGCUUCAACCUGUUCACUCUGCCCGACUCUGGCAGCGCUAUGGGCCUGCCAGAGAAAGAGUGGGUGCGCCCCGCCUUGUGCGUCGUGCCCAUGGGUUGGAACAGUGCCGUCGCCAUCAUGCAGUCGGUUGUCCGACGUCUUGCGUUCGGGCUCGCGCGGGUCUCCCCCGCCACCGAGGUGCAGAAGGGCAGGGGCCUACCCCCGCAGGACGACUUGUCCAUCCUUUACCUCGACUCGUACGACCGACUCCGGGUUGUCGACCGGGCUCUCGCCGAGGCCCAGAUGGGGGGGGAGACAGAGGAGCACGCCCGUUUCGUCAACGUGUGCUCCGAGCUCGGCCUCCCGCUGAACACGGGAAAAUCCUUGAUCGGGGCGACGGCGGCAUCCCUUCAAGGGGGCUUUCUGGACAGCUCCCGCGGGACCUUCGGGCUCCAGCCCUCGAAGGGGGCCGACUUGGUCUGGCUGGGCCUGGCGCUGCUGGCCCAGCCUCGGUGGAGCGCGCGAGCGCUCCGGCACUGGGCUGGGAAGGCUUGCUUCGCGCCGGUGUUUCGGGGGCCGCUCUACGCGGUGCUGCAGGAGGUGUUCUGGCAGAUCAAGUUGCUGGAGGCUGGGGCGGCGGUGCCGAAGGACGACGCGUUCGACGCGGUCCUGUCCUUCACCAUCUUCGCCCCGCUCGCCUUCACCAACAUACGCGCCACGCUCGAUGGGAUUGUCUCGUGCUCGGACGCGUCGCUCACAGGCGGCGGAGUUGCGGUGGCGAUGUCGUUCCGGCCGUUCGUUACCGCGGGUUCGGCUUGCCAGCCCAGCUACCGCCAGUCCGGCGAGAGCCCUAUACGGGCCCCUUGCGGCGCCCAGAUCGGCGACCCCCGCAGCGCGGCUGACCACCGAGAGAACUGCGGGAAGUGCGGACGCUGCCCGUGUUUCGCAGAGCGGUUCUCUUGCCCUCGUGCCCCGCUGACGCAGGCAGUGGCGCAGUGGGGCAUUCCUGUGCAGAGGCCCUUCGACGACGCUAUGGGCCGCGAUUUCUUUUCCCAGGAGGGCAAGGAGAUUUUGACCACCGAGCAGGCCGAGACGGCGCUUGCCUGGGAGCAUUUUGCUCCCGAGUGGCGCUUCUUGUCGAGGGCUCCUGGGCCAGACCGGGUGCGGAACGCCAGGCGCAUCAUUGGGAUCCCUGGGCUCCCGCGCACUCUCGCGUUCGAGGUGCGGCGAUCCGACGCGAUGGGCAAGAAGGCCCUCGCUUGUGCCUUGGAGCGCCACGGGCAGGGGAAGCAUUGGUGCAUCGAGAACCCGUGCGACAGCUGGCUCUGGGACUUCGCGCAGGCCAAGGAGCUAGAGGAGAAGGAGGGGGCAUUUUACUCUGAGCUCUCCUACUGUUGCUUCGGCGGCGCGCGGAGGGCCACCUGCUUCGCUCACAACUGCCGCGAGCUCCAUGCCAUGCUCCAUCGCGACGGGCCCUGCUCCUGCCCCACGGUGCCGCCUAAGGACCCGUGCCACUUCUACGAGUACCCGGGCGCGCUGUGCCAGAGUUGCGCGGAGGUCGUCGCCGGCGCGCUGUCGCGACCCGCGGUGCCACCCCGGGAGGUGGACCCUGCGAGGCGGGAGGAGGCGCUGCGUGCCCGGCUCGCCCGAGCAGGGAAGAUGUUCGUCGAAAAGGGCGUCUCGGAGCGCGUGGUCGCGUCCGUGCGUGAGCUCGAGGCUACCAUGGCCCCGGGCCAGGAGAUCGAACAUCUGAAGCUCAUGCUCCGCAAGUGCGACCACCGGGGCACUGACGUGAGGCUGAUCGUCGACGAUCCUUUCCAUUCGCCCCCUGCUAGGGUGCCGUGCCCCGCUCUUGAGUGGGAGUGGAAGACCGUGCUGUCAUGGCGAUGGCAGCACGAGCAGCACAUCAACACCCUUGAGGCGCACGCGGCGGGGACCUGGUUGAGGCGGCGUGCCAUUUCAAUCAUGUACCACUCCCGGCGCUACCUGCACAUCCUGGACUCGCUGGUCGUGACGGGUGUGCUCACCAAAGGCCGUUCUUCUUCUAAGCGGCUGAACCGCGUGUGCCGCAAACACAUGGUAUACCGCCGAGCUGUUAACGCCUUCUUCUUCUUCUUCUUGCAAGCCAGGUCCCUCGCCCUGCCCACGUCGUUGUCGGAACUCGAUCACAUUGUGUCUGAGUUCAUCAACGAGUGUUGGCAGGAAGGUGAGCCCAUCGGCUUCUGCGGCCACCUCCUGAGCGGCCUGCAGCGCUUCUUCCCACAAUGCAAGCACCACCUCAACACGAGUUGGCUGUUCUACAACAAUUGGAAUUCGACAGUCGUGCCCACUAGAGCCACGCCGUUCCCGAAGCAUAUUGUGGCUGCUCUGGCCUCCGCUGCGGCCCAGGCGGGGGAUUUGAGGUUGGCCGCAGGGCUUCUGGUUGGAUUUACUGCAUUUCUUCGGACUGCCGAGCUUUUGUCGCUCGAGAAACGCCAUGUCCGGCUCUUCCCUGAGUCCAACACGGUCUUCAUAGCAUUGGAGUCGACCAAGACUGCCGGGAGAAAGAGGGCCCGGGAGGCGGUGCACUUCGUGGACCGCGUCAUUCUGACCUUGCUGCAGCGGGCCAUGUGCGACCUUUCUGACGACGACCCCCUCGUCCGCCAGAGGGGGGGCGCCUUUUCGAGGGCAUUCCAAGCUCUCCUGAAGUUCACCCGCCUUGAGCACGUAGGGUUCCAGCCGUACUCCCUACGGAGAGGGGGGGUUUCGUGGCACUUCACAAAGGUCCAGAGCGUGGACGCGACGAUCGUACGAGGCCGAUGGCAGAACCCACGAACAGCGCGCAUCUACAUUGAGGAUAGCACGGCCGCAUUGGUGCUGCUGCAGUUACCCGCCGAAAGUGCGGAGAUUGUUAG